CUGCGGCGAGCUCCUCAGUGUGCCGGUCGGGCUAUCGCGCUGCGCCUGCCCGCUCUGCGGCGCCGAGCUGGCCGUCGACUCCGCGCGCCUUCGGAACUACAUCCUCUCCUCCGCCGAGGCGGCCGUCGUGCCGCUCGCCGCCGCAUCUGUCCCACCGAUUGUUGCUGCUCGGGAGAAAUGGCAAGAGCGUCCUAGUUAUGCAAUGCGCGCAGGGCUACCACGAGCAGAACCUGAUGAACAACAGGGGUAUACUGAUCAUGUGAUUGAUGGAGAACAUAUACCUGUGGCUAACGAGACUGUUGCAAAUAAUAGCCUUCAGAGAAAUCGACCGCCCCUUGGCCGUCGUAUUGUAGGCAACGAGGAGAGACAAGCUUUGCCUCUAAAUGAGGUCAGAGAUCAUGUAAAUGAUCAGCACCCUAGUUACACUAUGCAGCCAAAGCGAGCACAGCUGGCACACUUGCAUCAAGUCACUCAUUCAGAGGAGAUGCAGGAUGGACUUCUCAGCCAUGAAGUUUAUGGAGAGGCGGGACAUACUGAACUGAUAGAUGAGGCUACUGCAACUCAUAGAAACCAGAGAGUCGGAUGCUCUGUUAGCCCCCAGACUGUAAGUAUAGAGGAGAGGCAUACGGAGACUCCUGCUCAGAUCAUACAGCAGGUGCACAAACAGCCUUUUUAUGAGAGUCAUGCAGAAGGCAGUCAGUUAUACUGUCUGGAUCUUGAUGGGGUGGUUCAUCCACCUGUCAACCAAGCAAAACACGGAGAAGAGGCAUCUACUGAGAUGAUCAAUAAAACAGUUUCGAGGGAGAGCAUUCGGCCAACUGGAUGCGCUGUUGAACCCAACUCUGUUAAUGUAGAGAAGAGAAAGACAUCGACCACAAAUUAGGCAAUUCGUGAGCGUAUCAAUCCUGCAACUAAUAGAGAAGCCAUGUGCUCUCUUCCUAUAAAGAAGACUACUGCACCGUGUAGUAGCAAGCAGAACAAAUCAAAGUUAGCUAAUGCUAAGACUAUUGGCAAGAAGAGACAUAUAGAACCACUGAACCACAUUAUACAGCAGGCAGAAGGACAGACCUCUGAUAGCCGUAGUCUUGGAACCCAUGUCGACUUUGAGCAUCAAAGUAAGGCUAAUGAGAGGCCUGGCAACACCUCGACUCUUAAGGAGAGGGAACAGGUUACAUCUCCGAAUAAGCUGGCUGAUCUAAAACAGAAAAAUGUAUGCACUAAUGAGGAAACCCAGAAGGAGCAGAUUGAAGUUAAUGUUUCCAAGCAGACUAGUGGUUGGACUCAGAAGAAGAAUAGGAAAGGCUCAAUAGCUUCAUCAAAUGCAGGGCUUCUGCUUAGACGUAGUAAACGUCUGGCCAAAGAUUCAGCUGGUGCUAUAGAAAAUGAACCUCUAGAAAGUGAUCCUGGUGACCUGCAGGAUUUUGGUCCUAAUGUCCAAGUGCCAGCAGAUGCUAUGGAUGACGAAUCAGUUGAAUGGGAGCCUCUUCAGCAGUGUCCUGCCUCUCCAGAUUGUGAAGUGUCAGUUGCCAUGACAGACACUGAAUCUGUAGAAAGUGAGAACGAUGAUGCUGUAUCUCCAGAUGAAAGCAUGUCUGAUUCUGACUAUCCAGACACUGAUAGAAUGAGCGCUGGUCUUUACCCUAGCACACCGUCUGCGCAUAAGUUGCCUCAAGAAAUCUCUGAUGAACUAGAUGACCUCUAGAGGUAAUAACCGACAAUAAUGCUGCUGCCUUGUGACCAUGAGGUCACGGGUUCAAGUCCUGGAAACAGCCUCUUGCAGAAAUGUAGGGAAAGGCUGCGUACAAUAGACCCAAAGUGGUCGGACCCUUCCCCAGACCCUGCGCAAGCGGGAGCUACAUGCACUGGGGCUGCCCUUUAUUACCUCUAGAGGUCAGAAGGGCCCUUGCCAAGAAGAAAUAUAAUGUGUUUCAUGACCGUCUGAUGCCUGAGGGUUCCAAUAAGGUAUCCCUGCACGAUAUAACUGAUUCUGAGGAGCAGCAACAAGGUAAAAAGGGACACAAAGCAGGAGGUAAUCUUUGUGUCAAAAUGUGGACCUUGCCUGAGGGUGUACGGGUGCCAGUCUCCUUGAACACUUCGGGCCUGCCAAUUGGAGUAAAUGCAAACAUGUUGAUUAACUUUCUAGGCACACUAGCAUGAGAUGGAAUAUUGGCACCUCUCACGUAUAUAAGUUGGAAAAAUAUUCCAAAGGAGAACAAGGAUGUUAUGUGGCACAUUGUUAAGCUUAAAUUUGAUGUUGAUCCACCUCAUGAGUUGUCGGUCCUGAGGUCAAUAAGAAACAAGUGGCGGGUUUGGAAAUCUUAUUUAAAACGGAAACACUAUGAUUCUCAUACAACCCAAGAGGAACGCCUUGCUGAUCGAGAUCCUCGUGUCUCAAAAGAACAAUGGCGAGUCCUUGUUGCAUAUUGGAAUACCGAAAAGGCAAAGGCCAGAAGUGCUACAUCUAAAGCUUCUCGAGCCAAAUCAACCUAUAUCAAUAAAACCGGAUCCAAGAGCUUUGCGCGGAUGCGUCAGGAAGAGUCAAGAUCUUGUGACCCAUCUCUUGAGAGUCCAGAAGGCUCAGGAGACGACUAUGCGCCUGCCAUCGGUGCAAACAGGAGGGUUAGUGCACGCAGGCAUACACCUGGGCCCUCUCCCAAAGACCUGCAGGAAAGGUCAGCCAUGCAAGCUGCGAGGGCCAAACGAAAGGCUGGAGAUGAAGUCUCCACACUGAGAAAUAAGGUGGUAGUAACAGAGGAAAGUCGCCCCAAAAACUCCCAGGAAAGUGCAGUCUUGGAAUCUGCGAGGGAUAAAAGAAGGGCUGAAGAUGAGGCAGCCGCUCUAAGGAAGAAGGUGAUAGCGAUGGAGGAAAGUCAGAGAAAGCUGCAGGAGGACUUGGCGAGAGUGACGAAUGCAAUGAGUGCUAUGCAGAAGAUGAUGGCAACUGGUGGCUUACCAAAUCGAAAUGGGUGAACCAGCGGUACAACCAAGUUUCCAACAGAUUGGACCUGAUUGGCUGAUGCUUGGAGUACAUACCUGCAAUUGUUUCUGCCUUUAGCUUGCUGAUCCUGCAAUCGUAUCUAUGGAUCCUAGUUUUAGAUGUGCAAUCUCUUGUCAUGUUUUUUCCGUUGUCGUAAGAGGGUAACUAGUUAUUUAUCCUGAUAUGUAGGACUGAGAACUUAAGCUUGUUUUGCCUAUGUAUAUGUGAUGACAAUGGGAUGUUACCCGAAUUUUAGCAAAUCUUACCGAUGUUGGCAAGAAAUUCCGUUCAAGCUUCACAGUAUGUCGCUGAAAUGACAUCACGGCAUUUCUUCAGUUGCCAGCCAUAUCCUAGUUAAAUAAUUUGGCUGAGGGAAUUAUUAGUGCCAUAGCCUAUCUCUAUAUUCCUGCAUUAUCUAAGUUGAGAUUGUGACGUAUGCUAACAAGAUGAUUUCUAAAACACCAGUGUAAGAUUUUGAGAAUACCUUAAUUGUAUCUGCAUUUUAUCUUCAAGUUUUAUGAUGUACUAGUGAUCUAAACGAUCUUAUAUUUCUUUACAGAGGGAGUACUAAACUACAUCACAAUUCUAACAUUUGCUCGGAGGUAGAAGUGGAAGUUCACAUUGAGAAUGAAUCCUCUCACGCCCUAAGACCAACAGUGUUUCGUCCUCUGACAGCAAGGAGGUCAGAAGCUCAAGAAUUGCUCGGACACCACACCACCCACUCUCAAAUCUCAAUGGAGCUACCACCAUGGGCGCCCUUCCUCGCCGUCGUGCUCGCCACCAUUCUCUUCUUGAAGGCCGUCUUCCGCCGCAAAGGCACGUGCAACCUCCCGCCUGGCCCCAAGCCAUGGCCGAUCAUCGGCAACCUCAACCUCAUAGGUGCACUCCCGCACCGCUCCAUCCACGCGCUCUCCAAGCAGUACGGCCCGCUCAUGCAGCUCCGUUUCGGGUCCUUCCCUGUCGUUGUUGGCUCCUCGGCCGAGAUGGCCAAGCUCUUCCUCAAGACCCACGACGUGGUGUUCACCGACCGGCCCAGGACCGCCGCCGGCAAGUACACCGGCUACGAUAACAGCACCAUCACAUGGUCCCCGUACAACGCGCACUGGCGCCAGGCGCGCAGGGUGUGCCUUGCGGAGCUCUUCAGCGCGAGGCGGCUCGAGUCGUACGCCUACAUCCGGCACGAGGAGACGCGCGCCCUCCUGUGCGGCCUGCACGAGGCCUCCGGGCGCCUCGUGCUGCUCAAGGACCACCUGUCCACCCUGAGCCUGAACGUCAUCUCGCGCAUGGUGCUGGGCAGGAAGUACCUGGAGAAGCAGGCGGCGGGCGAGGACGGCUCGGCGACCAUGGCGCCGGAGGAGUUCAAGUGCAUGAUAGACGAGCUCUUCUUCCUCAACGGCGUGCUCAACAUCGGCGACUCCAUCCCAUGGCUCGACUGGAUGGACCUUCAGGGGUACGUCAGGAGGAUGAAGAAGCUGAGCAAGAAGUUCGAUCGAUUCCUAGAACAUGUCUUGGACGACCACAACGAGCGGCGGCGCCUCCAGGGCGAGAACUUCGUGUCACGGGACAUGGUUGACGUGCUGUUGGAGAUAGCCGGCGACCCAAAUCUUGAGGUCAAGCUCCACCGGAAUGGCGUCAAAGCUUUCAUUCAGGACCUCAUCGCCGGUGGCACGGAAACCACGGCGAUCACAGUGGAGUGGGCCAUGUCGCAGAUGCUCAAGAAACCCGAGGUGUUCUCCAAGGCCACAGAGGAGCUGGACCGUGUGGUGGGGCGAGAACGAUGGGUGACGGAGGACGACAUCCCCAGCCUUCCCUAUGUGGAGGCCAUCGUCAAAGAAACCAUGCGGCUGCACCCGGUGGCGCCCAUGCUGGCACCCCGUUUGUCCCGUGAGGACGCUUCCGUCGGUGGCUACAACAUCCCCGUUGGUACGCGCGUGCUCAUCAACGUGUGGUCCAUCGGCCGUGACCCGGCAGUGUGGGAUUCGCCGGAGGAGUUCGUACCGGAACGGUUCGUCGGCAGCAAGAUUGACAUCAAGGGGCAUGACUUCGAGCUGCUGCCAUUUGGGUCCGGGCGGCGGAUGUGCCCCGGAUACAGUCUGGGACUGAAGGUGAUCCAUGUGAGCCUCGCCAACCUGCUGCACGGCUUUGUGUGCAAGCUCCCCGAUGGCGUGACGACGGAUCAGCUGAGCAUGGAGGAGAUCUUCGGCCUGUCGACCCCGCGCAAGUUCCCGCUACAGGUCGUGAUGAAACCCAAGCUCCAGGGCCACCUCUACGCAAGGGGUCAUUAGGGUAUUGUUGUCCGCUUCUUGUGCUUCCCAAGUCUCGUAUUGCGUUCUUGUGUUGCGUAGAGUCAUGUGGAAAAAUAAUGGGAAGAUUCGAUGGAUGCUUGUCCAUAAGAUGCUUGCUAACUAGGGGCAUUUGACGUC